UUCCAUAAUAUUUUAUUUCGGAUAACAUUUUCUUUCACAAUGGAAGUUACACCCACAAUUCCCAAACUCGACCUACCUUUACAAACAAGAAUAAGUCUAGCUAUUAUAGGCCUAUAUAUCGACUUAGUUCAGAAAAAAGACGGAACAGUACGUCGAUGGCUCGCUAAUUUAUUUCCGCCCCGAGACCCGGCGCCGGUAGACGAUACUAUCAACUCAUAUGACGUUGUUGUAAAUCCAACUUCCAACAUUUGGUUCCGUGUAUAUAUCCCUAAAGGGCACAAAAUUGAAGAUUUGCCGCUUAUUGCAUAUUGUCACGGAGGCGGAUAUUCCCUCCUUUCCGCUGACGUGAAGAUGUAUGAUGAUUUAUGCACAGAUUUUGCUGUGAAAUUGCCUGCCGUUGUUAUUUCUGCUGAUUAUCGUCUUGCCCCUGAGAAAAAAUAUCCUACACAAUAUCAGGAUGGAAUUGAAGUGCUGAAAUUUCUUGACAAUCCAGAGAACCUCGCUAAAUGUGGUCUUGAAAAUGCCAAUAUUUCUCGGUGCUUUAUUGUUGGAGAUAGUUCAGGUGGAAACCUAGCUCAUUCUGUUAAUCUAAGCGCCUGCCUAACCAAUUUCCAACAACUCAAGGCGGUCGGCUUGGUGACGAUUCAGCCAUUUUUUGGAGGAGAGGAGCGAACAAAGUCUGAAAUUGAACUUGAUUUUAAAGUACCUUUCUUAAACACCCAAAGAACAGAUCUGUUCUGGAAAGCGUUGAUGCCAGAAGGUGAAGAAUAUAACCGUGAUCAUCCAAGCAUCAACGUUAGUGGCCCGAGGGCAGUAGACAUAACAAAAUUGGAUUAUCCAGAAACCAUGUUAGUUGUGGGUGGGUUUGAUGUUCUAAAAGAUUGGCAGAUAAGGUACUACGAGUGGCUGCAAAAGUCUGGAAAAAAAGUACACUUAGCAAAGUACCCAAACAUGUUUCAUGAUUUUUGUAGUUUUCCAGAACUACCGGAGUAUCAUCAACUUAUCACUGAAGUGAAGGAAUUUGUUUACAAGCUCUUUGAUAAGGAAUAA